GCUGCUGGGUUCCUGCGCUGUGUUGGGCCGGAGCGGGUGAAGCCAGGGGCUGUGCCCCCCGCUGGCCUGAGCUGUCAGGGGUGGGGGGACCCCCAAAAGUAGCCGGAGGGAGACGCGGAGGGAGAAGCGGGCGCAGGGCCAGCCCCUCCGGGUGGCUUAGCAGGGCCCUGUGUCAGAAAGGGGGUCGGGGCCAAGGCCCCGGUGCAGCCCCCAGCACCGCCGAGACGGAGCUGGGAGCAGGAUCUUGCGUUCUUUCCAAGUAUUUUGCCGCACAUCCCUGCGGGAGAAAGAGACCUGUGCGAAGGGACCGCGAGGCCAGCGCCUCGCGGAGAGCCGGCCGUUCAGAGAGCAGUGCUUGCGCGGUCAGUGCCGGGGCGAGUGCGCCGCACAGCCCAGAGGGCCGAACGUGGCUGUGGAAGGCGGCGGGACAGCGGGGCUCCCGCGGGCCGUGCUGGGCGGCGCUCGGCGGCUGUGGCCCUCUUAGCUGCAGGGCUGUGGAGGAGUCUGCCCUCUCUGGAGAAGUGGGCGUCAGAGGCAACGCUCACUGCGUGCACAGCUUUCAGCGGGUUCAGAGCGCGUGACAGGAGGCAGGAAGGGGCACUCUGAAGCUCAGGAAGCCGGCCCUCAGUGGGGGGACACAGUCCCCGAGAAAGGCACGAGGCAGCCAUGGCCCUCCCCUUCCAGAAAGAGCUGGAGAAAUACAAGAACAUCGACGAGGACGAGCUCCUUGGCAAGCUCUCUGCGGAGGAGCUGAAGCAGUUGGAAAAUGUUCUCGAUGACCUAGAUCCUGAGAGCGCCACGCUGCCCGCUGGGCUCCGGCAGAAAGACCAGACGCAGAAGGCGGCCACCGGCCCGUUCGACCGCGAGCACCUCCUCAUGUACCUGGAGAAGGAGGCUCUGGAGCAGAAGGAUAGGGAGGACUUCGUGCCCUUCACUGGAGAGAAGAAAGGGAGAGUCUUUGUCCCCAAGGAAAAGCCUGUGGAAACUCGGCAAGAAGAAAAAGUGACCCUGGACCCGGAGCUGGAGGAAGCUUUGGCCAGCGCCUCAGACACAGAGCUCUACGACCUGGCAGCCGUCCUUGGAGUGCACAAUUUGCUCAACAAUCCCAAGUUUGAUGAAGAAACAACCAACGGCAAAGGCGGCAAGGGGCCUGUGCGGAACGUGGUGAAAGGGGAGAAGGUCAAGCCGGUGUUUGAGGACCCUCCCAACCCCACCAACGUGGAGGUCAGUCUGCAGCAGAUGAAGGCCAACGACCCCGGCCUGGAGGAAGUGAACCUCAACAACAUCAAGAACAUUCCCAUCCCGACGCUGAAGGACUUCGCGAAGGCGCUGGAGACCAACACGCACGUGAAGAAGUUCAGCCUGGCCGCCACCCGCAGCAACGACCCCGUGGCCAUCGCUUUUGCAGAUAUGCUGAAAGUGAACAAGACUUUGAAAAGCCUGAACAUAGAAUCCAACUUCAUCACGGGCUCGGGGAUCCUGGCCCUGGUGGAGGCGCUGAGGGAAAACGACAGCUUGACAGAGAUCAAGAUCGACAACCAGCGGCAGCAGCUGGGCACAGCCGUGGAGAUGGAGAUUGCGCAGAUGCUGGAGGAGAACUCGAGGAUCCUCAAGUUUGGGUACCAGUUCACCAAGCAGGGGCCGCGCACCAGGGUGGCAGCUGCCAUCACCAAGAAUAACGACCUGGUUCGUAAGAAAAGGGUUGAAGGAGAUCGAAGGUAAACAUCCACUGGAAGAGGUGAAAUUUCACCACGGAGCCAUUUGAAAGCAGAUACAAACUCCUCUCCUUCUCCGAGGGACCAUUCCAUCAGCGGCUGUUCAUUUCCGUUAACCACAUGACUAAUGAUUUCACCGCUGUGUUUCACCGCUAUGUACUUACUUACCAGGAUUCUGCCGUGUGUACAACGUUCUUCUUGCUCCCGGGCUCCUCUGGCACCUGCCCAAAUGGACUGAUGCAGAUGUUAGAGUGACACCGUGACUGUGAUUUUAACCACUUCAUACUGGGUCACCCUUGCUUUCUUAAUGAACUUUUUUUUAAUCACUGAAAGGCGUUCAGUUGAGAAUCCAUGUUUUAACUGAUUACAUAGAGGCCUACCUCUGUUUACACGCAAAGCUUCGAGUUAGGCUCAAUAUACGCAAAGUGUUCUGCUUAUCACGUGAGAAGUUAGCAUUGCCAAUCUUCCUCUGGGUGAGAAAACGUGACCCAUUGAGCACAAAUCCUCUAUCUAGUUGUAGAAAAAUCCCCAAAUGCACAUGCCCAGCUGAUGACGUAUCAGCGGGGUUGUCUUGUAUGGCUUUAUGGUUAGUGUGACAAGGUUACAGGAUGAAAAGCGGGCCUUUGGGUUCCUUGUGUAGAUUUUUGUCCACAUGAUCCAUCCAGACGUUUACAGACAUCAAGGGAAAUAUGAAUUGUCACUUGUCCAGAUGUUUGUCAUCUCAGAGAUGGAGCCUGUGGAGAUGGGACCGAGGUGAUUACACCGAGGCGCGCAUGGGCCUUUGCGCGGAACAUGCGGCACGCAGGGAGAAGGAAGGAAGCAGCACACAGCACGGGCUCCAGGCAGUCGCGGGGACCUGGAUCCUGCUGAGGCCAGCUGCUGUCCCCAUAGUGCUCUCCCUGCCUGGGCUCCCCUCCCUCUGCUCUUCCCCCCUCUUCAUUUUAACUCUUCUGUCCCUUCCCCUCUCUUCUGAGCCUGCUAAAGAUGACAUCCCUUGUGCCAGGGACACCCAGAGCUAAGGAGGUGACUGGCGCCUCAGAGGGGGCACAGUCCAGAAGAGACGUAGUCCCCAAGCGUCCUGAGUGACUUGGUAGCAGCGAGGGGCGAGAGGAAGCGCGGCCCAUGGAGCCUUUGGCAGAGCCCUCUGUAAAGCGGACAUUUACUUGUACCGUGAGUAGUACUCAGAUGUGUGCCUUGAGGGUGGGUCCUUCCAGUAGCUCAUUUUCUUGAGAAUUUUGUACAUUCUUGAGGACACAGUCAACAGAACAUUCUGACAUUUUGAAACCCCAAAUUGUUUAGUUCACCAGCACAUUUUCUCGUCAGUCUUUAAAAGACAUAAAUACUGUUUGGUGAUUUUUUUUUUAGUUGACUUUGUCUUCUGUCAGACUCAACUGCUGGUGGCUUGGUUUUCAGAAGUUUGCGCACUAAGUUGCUCAACACAACUUGUUUUGUUUUUUUUUUUUGGUGGCGUGGGGGGAUGUGAGCCAAGACCUCACACAUGCGAGACAAGCACCCUACCAGCAGGCUGCAUCCCCAGCCCAACACGGCCUUUACUAAAAAUUGAAUGAUACGCACUUGAAAUUAAAAACUGGUAUUGGAGGCUGAGGCUAUAGCUCAGUGGCACAGCAUCUGCCUCGCAAGUGCAAGGUCCUGAGUUCGAUUGCUGGUACCCACACAUACACACACACACAAACUGAUACUGAAGACAAUAGUAAUAAAUACUCAUGAAUAUUCCCUUUUACUGCUUCCCAUGUUUUGAGAUACCCACAUCUGUUGUGUCUGCAGGUGGAAAUACCACCUACAAGUGCUGUGUCACGGCUCUGCAGUAGGAGUAUUCAUACCUGGUGAAAUUACUGAUGUGUUACAAGUUGGGAUGUUUGCCCGCUCUAGAUUGCUGGUUUAUCCGCAGUCAUCUGGGUGCUGGGUGAAAGGGAUACAGCUUUUAAGUCCAUCCCUUUGGGUUGCCUUGUUGCCAGUGGGAUGUUGUUUCCCCUGCAUCUCUUUCUUCCCUAUUCUCCUGCAUUUGUUACCGAGGUCCUUGAGUGCUGAGUUCCUGAUGGGCUCAGCUCUGCCUUUCCCUUCCCACUCACUCUUCCUGGACAAGGCUUGGCAAAAAGCAAGGAAAAUACUUCAGCAUUGGAUCAUGGCUAUUUCAUCCACAUAAGCAAUGGUUGAUAGUGUUAACGCAAGUGAACAGGACCAGGAUGUUGUAAACCUACAGCACUGUUUUUAGCUUAUAAAAUAGUUGGGUCAUAUAUAGUAGAGUUUAUGAGAUCAAAUAUUUAUUACUAAUCACUGUGUCUUGUUAUUACCUGUGUUUGUAAAGUAGCCUGACAGGUGACUUUCCAUGCAUGUUUGCAUAUUGAAGAUGACUAUUAGAAGAUAAACUUACAUUUUGGGGAACCUAUCAAAUCAUUUAAUUAUGCCUUCAUCUCCCAUCUGCCCAAAGCAAGUGAGAGGAAGCUCACUCCUGAUGAGUAGCGUGGGGCAGAAUGUAAAUAUCUUUAUGUGUAUAUGUUUUGCUCAGUAGUUUGUUGGGACAUUUGGCAAUACCUGGACAAGCGAUGGCAGAGAGAGUGUGUCCCCAUAUCCACCCCUCCCCGCUGUAGAGUAGUGCGGUAAAAUCACUCCCCUGGACUUGUUACCCACGCCUGCCCCAGCAUACAGUAUGUGGAAGAUAAAUCUCUGAAAUCUAGGAAUCGUAGGAUGAUGCAGCCCUGGAUUCCCUAUCUGCCUGAAGCUUUCUGUGGAAGCACUCAUCCUUACGAGCAUGAGUCAACCCCUGGCGUCGUCUUUGGCCGGCAUGAUGUAAAUACCUGUGUCUGUGUGUCUGUGUGCGUGUGUACUGUCAGAUGCCCAAGUAGGCAUCUGGCUACAUCUGGACACUUGAUUGAAGGGAGAUGUUCUCUCCCAGGUCCUCUUUCCCUGCCCUCUGUCGGGUCACUGCAGACUAGCAGCGACUCCCUGGAGUCUGUAGUUUGUCCCCAGCCCCCAUAUCUCACAGCUGCAUGGAGAACAACUCUUAGGAAAUAAAUUAGCCAGGGAUAUAGCUCAGCGGCACAAGCGCCUGCCUGGCAAGUGCAAGGUCCUAAGUUCGAUUCCCGGUACCAAAAAAAAAAAAAAAAAAAGGAAAUAAAUUAGAAGCUAGAAGUCAUCUCAUUGUUCCAGCAUAAAAUUUUCCCAUCUGCCUAAAGUGUGUAGCAUUUCACCCUCAUCAGCACGACUCAGCCUCCACCUGCCACUUCUGGGGCAUGCUGUAGACAAAUACUUCGUACAUAAAGAUCAGCAAGUACUACCUUGAGGCAGCUGGCUCCCUCUGGACCACCGAGUGAAAGGAGACCUCCCUCCCAGCCUUCUUCCUCACCCCUCUUGGGGCCUAGAGGGGCCCACGCAGUUCACCCACCUUUUGGCUCAUGCUUGCCAGGCAGGCACUCAUGCUGCUGAGCCAUAUGCCCGGCCUCAUCUUCCAAUAACAACGGUCUCCUGUUAAAUCCCAGAGAGCAGCCCGUUCCUUGAGGGAAGCCUGGCACGGCAACCCAAAGAGCGCUUCCAGUUCCCCCAUCCCCCAGCAUGAGGGAAGCCACUGUCCCCCCAUCACUGCCUUGAGAACAGUUUUGAUGCUCGAAACCUCAAACCUUUGUGAAGCAUCCGCGAGAUCUCAGAUUAACACAGUCUCGAGAAAGUUACAAAAGCAUCCGCAGAUUCUUCCUCUCGCCUGGGUGUGCUCAGCCCUCUCCUAGGUACUUCAGAGGAGACAGAGGGACAGAAUUCUGGCUUGAUGGAUUUUCUAUGUGCUUGGGGGUUUAGGGGUGGGUGGAGUGGCGUUUUGCAAAGUCGAUGCCCUCUAGAGUUUGAUUCGGUGGCUGUGGCGUUCGUGGGCAGAGGACAGGAGGCUGCGAGCGCAGGUUUCUGUGGUGCGUGGCCUGCGCGGGGUUCUGGAGUCCGGUUGGAAGUCACGAUCCUGAGCUUCCUUCCCCACUUCCCCACUUUCUCUGAUGACGUGGUGAGCGCUGUCUCCCCUUCAGUGGGCAGAGAACCAAGAGGGGAUGGCCUGGGCUGCCGUCCCUGGUGGGCCCCCCACCGCCCUAUUGAUCCUCACCUCUGCCCUGCCCAGCCUAAAGGACCGAGACACACAGGAAAGGUGUGGGGGUGCUGGCAGCACCUAGCCGGGCCCAGCGGAGGGACAGCUCGUGGUCAGCCUCCUGGGUCCACCUGGCCGGAGGAAAGCACCCAGAGCCCCAAGGAUACAUGCACUGUGUUCUUGGUCCCCGGUCGAGACCGGAUGGGUUUUGCUGCGUGGCUGUGGAGCCCAGUGAAGAGAGCAGGCUGGCUGAGGAGGAGGGAGGAUGGGAGUAAAGAUUUACAUUGGUUUCCUGAGCUCCACACCCCUGCCUCUUUUCCAAAUGCUCGUAAGGGCAGUGAUUAAACAGCCAGGAGACAGCUUCACACAUUUUCAGUUUGGAAGCUGACCCUGAGCACUGCUCUAAUCGCAGGACGUGUGGCAAGACUUAGGCCAGUGUAGGACUUGCAAGAAGGUAAAGGACGGGGCUGAAGACCGAGGUAGGCGAGAGUAGCCAGCUCACCAGGCGUCCUGCGGUGCCUCACCCACGGCAGUCCUUCUGAGGACACUGGCUCAGCUAGUGGGGGUGGCAAAGGGCACCACACCGACAAAUGGAGACACUGAUCCCUCGGACCCUAAUCCCAUCCCCAGCGCUUAGCAGGGAUACGAUCGUGGACAGUUCAUUCAGUUGCCUCCAAUUAUAGACUCUCCGGGGGGCAAGCCCUGGGUUGGGGGUCAGGAGACCUGGACGCUUGACUCCGCGCUUUCCUGGCCUGGUGGCUUUGGUAAGCUGCCUGCUGUCACAGGCCUGAGUUCCUCAGCUGUAAAUGGGAAUAAUAUCUUCACUAACUACCUCAGAGAGCUGUGGUGAGACUGUAAUCAGAUUAUUGGAUGACAGCGCUAUAUAAGCUAGACAGCACUGAGCAAAAGUGGGAGAUCCUUGUUAUUCUCAACUCCUCGGUGUGUUCCACUGCCCCCGAAUCCGCUUUAUUCUGAGCAACAGUGACAUCUUCCACAUCUUGUGGAGUAGGGGGAGUUGAAGCACGGUGUGAUGGAGAGACGAGGAUUAUUUCACUCACACCCCAGAGGGGAGAGAGGGGUGGACAGUGGGUGUUACGUGCCAGGGUGUACAGGAUGGGGUGUUCUGCUACGCUGUGUGGACAGUACCUUGACCAGAAUCCUUGCAGAGGGCUUAGGGCUGCACACAGGAGGAAGCAAGCGGAGGCUGAGUUGAGAGGAGGCUCUGGGGUGCUGCUACCUUCUGUCGCCCCUGCAGUGAGGGAGGCAAAGUCCUAAGGUAUCCCUGGAGGCCUAGGAAAGAUGAGUGUCCCAGCGCUCCAAGAAUCGUCAUGCCUGCACAGCGGCGGUGUGACAGGUGCUAGCUGAGAGAGAAGGGAGAGAGUGGCACCUGCCAUGACCAGCAGGCCAGGGCAGCAGAGACCCUCACCAGCAACCUCAGCCCUGGCCGGCAUUAUGUCUGCUAAGGAAGGAAGGGAUGGAAGCAUGGCCUGCGGCCUUUCCUCAACCGUUGGAGGCAGGGACUGUGUCUCGGCAAUCUUCGUAUCUGUAGUACCAGCUAGUAAGGUGCCUUGUCCAUGGUGCUUAAUAAAUAUUGCUUGGACUUGGUUGGCCUCCGAUCCCACAAGAAUUAUGCUCCAUUCGCCGCCAGGUGAUACUUUUGGAAAACGACGCUGAUGAGGAGGAUGCCAGCUGUCUGAGGCUUUGGGCAGGCCCUCGUCCGCCCGGUCUUGCUCUCCUCUGUGAGUGGAGUGCAUGGUCUCCCAGCCCCUCCCACCUCCCAAACAUGCAGCCUGUGAUUCCGAGUCGUUCGCACUGCCUCUGGCACGGGCGUCAGUGCUCCCAGCAGCUUUGUUGUCUUUGGCUCUGGGUUUCUCAGAAAGGAUGGGUUAGGGCUGGGAUGUCGCUCAGGACAGAGCUGGCCUCACAGGCGCAGGCUGGGUCCUUAGCUCUGAAAAAUGAAAAAAAAAAAAAAAAGUUGAGGGGGGAUGGGAAACCAGACAGGAUAUUUUAAAAUAUAUUCUAUUUUUCUCCCUAGAAUCAGUGGGGAAAGAGGUGGAAAUGCAGAGAGAUGCUGAGCUAGCACAGCAGGUUCUCCGUAAAUUCUCUCUGUAAAUUCGUGCGCAUGCGCGUUUUUGAGCACAGCCAAACUGCUGGCAGAGAGCAGCGAGCCACGCCGCCCUGAGCAGCCACCCGGGACAGAAACCUUAAAUGCGGGUAGACAGGAACUGCCCUAUGGUGAAAUGAGAUGCACAGAACAUAAGCUUUUAAAGGGAAUUUUAUUUUAGUACCAAAUGUUGCCAGUGACAAUCUUUAGUUAAGAAAGAAAUUAUUCUGACCUAAAAUUCUAAUCCUUGCCACUUGGUUUUUAAGGGGGAAAAACUAUAUACAUGGAAAAUAAUAUUUAUAUUUUAAUUAAACUUUAUCUUAACUCUGUUAAGUUCAUUUUUUCCAGGAAAUGAAUAAGCAGCAUUUUUUUCUUUGCAUUUAAACAUGUAAAAUACUUGCAUGCCAGCUACCUGUAAUAUAUUCCCAGUUCAGAUGCCUGUUACACGUGACCUCCUGUGUAUUUUCUGUGUAUUGUUUUGACGAGAACAAAAGAAGUCAUACUUUAUAAACUGCAAAUGGUUUAAACUUGUAUUGGCUUUGGGCUGGGGAUCUAGCUCAGUGGCACAAGCGCCUGCCUGGCAAAUGCAAGGUCCUGAGUCCGAUUUCCGGCACCAAAAAAACCCAAACAAACAAACAAAAAAAUAAACUUAUAUUGGCAGCAUCCAUUUGGCUAAGCGGUUAUUGAGGGAAAAAAUCUACAUGGUUUUAUUUUUCUUCUGAAACUGUUCCAUCAAAGCUAGCCAAUGGGUUAGGAAUUAAAGACUGAUUUGCCAGGGCUGGGGAUACAGCUCAGUGGUAGAGCACUUGCUGAUUCCCCUGGGUGCAAUCUCCAGUCCUGGAAAAGAAAAAGAGAAAGAAAAAGAGAAAAAGAAAGAAAGACUAACUUGCCUUUUAAAGGUGAAGUUGAACAUUUGUGGUAAAUAAAUGUGUAAAAAAGCAGAUUAUAUGACAUGUAAAAUAUUAUUACCCUGAUAACCUGAUAAUAAGGUCUCGGGUUGGCCCAGAAAGGUGCAGUUUUUGGCCCCUUGGAAUUAGCCCCAGACCUAAUGCUAUGUCAGUGUAAAUUGUUUUAAUUAACCAAGCUCUUUCUGCUUUCAAAGAUGUAACGUAUUCACUUGUGUCUGGAAUGAGGUUUCUAAAGGAAGAUGUAAAAACCAUUGGGAAUGAAUAAACUCUCCUUCAAAAGUGAA